AUGCAGGUAUUUAAUAAUAAAGAUUAUAUUCCCUAAAGAGUUGGAUUACAAUUAAAUCCUCCAACUAUUGUAAUUGAAUAUUUGAUUCCAAGCUAACAGAAAAUUUAUCGUCAUAAGAUAAAAUUAAUGCGUCUGAGUAGCAAAUCCAACACAGCGGAUUUUGUCUAAUAUAUUAAAAAAAGGCAUAAUUUGUAUGUUUCCAAUUCAAAACUUUUAGAUGAGCAGCUUGAAAGUAAAAAUAAAUCUAAAAAUAAUAGCACUGAUAACGAGACUUAAGGAUAAACUAAUUGAUUAAUCUUAAAGAAAAACAACUGAGAGCAAAUAAUUAUCCGAUAACGGAAGAAAAAAUACAAACUCUAAAACACCAAAUAUAAAUCCAUUUACCAAAACAUAAUAGUAAUAGCCUAAUUAAAGCACUUCUAUGAGUAAAAUUAGAGAAAAUUAAUUCGAACCUGUUAAAGCACAUGUAUUUGAAGAUAUUAAUAUUAAUUCUGAUGAGGAUGAUAAAAAUUAAUAUGAGGAAGAGUCUGCAAACUAUUAAGACGACUUUGAAUCUUAAUCAGAAUCUGACUUAGAAAAUUUGAAUUUAAAUAAAUUAAGUGUAGCGGAAGUAUAAAAAUAUAAGGAGAAGAUGGAAGUAAAAUACUCUAAAAAUCUUCUAAAACCAGGAGAUGCAGGAUUUGUAUAUGAUAAAUAAGUAGAAUAUAAGCCAAAGAAAAAUAGUGAUUGGGAUGAUGAUUGA